CGAAACACUCGCUUCGGCUGUCCUUUUCAAAAAGCGCUGGCCGCCGACAGUCGAAAAACAAACGAACAACAGCAACAGCAUCAAGAAGUCCGUCCGUGUAACAGAAAAAAGGUCGUCGCGUUCAAGUGCGGGAAGUGUUAUUUUUUUUAGGGGGAUAUUCAUUGUUUUUCCUGCGAUUUCCGCGAAAAAAGUGCGUUAAGUGGUUUCUUCCGGCUGUUGGGAAGUGAGAAGUGAUAAAAGUGAUUUGAUAAGUGCAGUGUUUGAAGGUUAAAUUUGGGUUUUUAAGUUGGUCCUAUUGAGCAGCGAUUAAGCAUGAAUCGUGGAGGAGUGGUUGAAACGAAAACUCCUUUGAAAGAUGGCGGCGGGAGUUAGGCCGGGCGACGAAAUCCGGUCGGAAAGUGAAGCGUCCGGCCCAUUUCGACGAUUCUCCGGAUGCGAAGCGAAUGGCGUCCCUGGACGAGGUGUCCCCAAGCGGAAAGAGGUUCCGGAGGCUGUGAAGAAGUCUGCCCGAAAAACGUUACUUAAGAAUCAGCCGGAGGAAUCUUCCCCGAAGAGGAACGGAGAACCGGCUGGGGAAGUGGUGAAGAAGUCCGCCAAAACGUUGAACAAGCAAGAGGCAAGAGAGGAAGAACCGGAGCCAACGCAGAGAUCGUCUCGUAAGACUAUGACGGUUGUGACCAGGGAUGAAUCUCCGGAACCGGAAGUGGCCAAGAAGUCUGCACGUAAGACUCUGCUCAAGUCGGCGGUUAAGAACUCAGCAGAACAGACACGGAUACACCGAAGAAGGGACAAACCCGCGCCGGAAACCCGAAGAAAUCCGCCAAAAGGCCGAACCAGAAAGAAACGCCGGCAGGUCCGGAAUCUCCGCACGGGUCGCAAAAUUAAGAUUCCUGCCCAUCUGAAGGAAUUCGAGGACGUGGUCGUGGCAAGUCCUAAGAAGGAAGUCCCGGAAAAGCCAUCAAUGGCACGCAAAUCUCUGGCGCGGUUGGCCUCGAGAAAGAGGAAGUUGUUCACCGAAGACCCCAGGAAAGGGAAGAUCCCUGGCAGCGCCGAAAAAGGCACCGGAACCAGAACCUAA